CCCCUCGUUUUCCUCCUCCUCGCUCUCCUCACCUCUCCUCCUGCCUGCUCUCUCCAACGACUCCUCUCGCCCUUCCCUCGCGCUUGCGCCCCUACCACCGCUCCGCCGCGCCAUGGCAAUGGACGACGUAAGCGCCGCCUCCCUGGACGCCUUCGCCGCCUCAUCCUCCUCCUCCGCGCCCGCCUCCGCCGACCCCUCUCACGGAUGGCAGAAGGUCACCUACCCCAAGCGCCACCGAAAGCCGCAGCCGGCGCCCUCCACCGCGCCCGCCGGGGCCGAUCUGGCCAACGGCGGCAGGCCCGGCGUGUUCGAGGGCGUCGACAAGCGCGCCCAGGACCGCCACCGCGCGAUCCAGGCCGCCAGGGACGCCGCGGCCGACGCGGACGGCCCCAUCGCUGCAUGGGCCCGCUCCGACGACUCCGACGACGACUCCGACGAGGCGGCGGCUCGCUCCUCCGCCCAGCCUGCUGAGGAGAAGAAGCCGAAGAAGCCCAAGGUGAAGAAGCCCAAGGUCACGGUCCUCGACGCCGCACGCCUGAUCGACGCCGAGAACCUCGAGGCGCAUCUCGUCGACAUCUCGGCCUCGUACGAGAACCAGGAGGGCAUCCAGCUCAUGAGGUUUGCUGACUACUUUGGCCGAGCAUUUGCCAGCGUCAGCGCUGCCCAGUUCCCCUGGGCAAAGAUGUUCAAGGAAUCACCUGUGGAUAAGAUGGUGGAUAUCCCAUUGUGUCAUAUUCCUGAGCCAGUUUGCAAGACGGCGAGUGACUGGAUCAAUCGGAAGUCUCCUGAAGCCCUGGGAGAAUUUGUUUUGUGGUGUAUAGAUAGCAUCAUGUCUGAGUUGUCAGGUCAAGCAGUGGGACCAAAGAAUUCGAAGAAGGUUGUCCAACAAACUCCAAAAGCCCAGGUUGCAAUCUUUGUUGUGCUUGCCUUGACUUUAAGAAGGAAGCCAGAGGUGCUAAUAAACCUUUCCCCAAAAAUAGUGGGGAACAGUAAAAAUCUUGUACCGGAAAAACUUCCCAUCGUUGCCUGGGUUAUUGCUCAGGCAUCUCAAGGUGACUUAGUGUCAGGAAUGUUUUGCUGGGCUCACUCCCUGUUUCCCACAAUAUGUGGAAAGUCAAGUGUGAAUCCUCAGUCAAGAGAUAUAGUUUUGCAGUUGCUCGAAAGAUUUUAUUCUCCAAUCAAAGCUCAGGCUAUCUUAUUGAAUGGCGCUAUUAGAAAGGGGGAGCGCCUGAUCCCCCCUAGUGCAUUUGAUCUUUUCAUGAGAUGUGCAUUCCCGCUUUCUAAUGCCCGUGUCAAGGCUACAGAGAGGUUUGAAGUUUACUACCUUAAAAUAAAGGAGCUGACUCUUGCUGGCCACCCUGGAUCUAAAUCUGUGAAGCAAGCAGCACAACAGCUUUUGCCUUUAAGUGUGAAAGCAAUGCAAGAAAACAAUGCAGAGCUCACCAGGGAGGCUGCUGAUGUGUUCAUUUGGUGCCUGACUCAAAGUGCAGAGUCCUACAAGCAGUGGGAAAAGCUUCACCCAGAAAAUAUCAAGGCCAGUGUCAUUGCCUUGAGCAAAUUGGCUGCUGGUUGGAAGGAAAUCUCUCCUAAGCUCAAUAUUGAAGCUCUCAAAACAACUCUGAAGAACAUGAAGGCUAAGAAUGAGGUGGCUCUAGAAGAAGCUGAAGACUCUGGAGAGAAGGCAACCAUCAAAGAAGUAGACAAGCUGUGCAAGGUGAUCCUGGGAAGGCUGUCCCGCGGCGCAACCUGCCUGAAGGGAAGCCUGCUGGUGAUCGCGCUCGCCGCGGCGGCUGGCUUCGUGCUGUCCCCUGACCUGGACCUCCCAGCUGAGCUGGAGAAGCUCCAGGCCAUGGCGUCGGCCUACCUGUCCGUCUAGACAGCACCGUCCGUCCGCCGGCCGCUGUUGAUCAAAGCUUUAUACAUACCAUCCAAAUGAAGUAGAUGCCGGGGGGAGGGAAAUAAGACAGAGGGGGAGAGGGAUAGUAGAUCCUAGGGAAAGGAAAGGUAUACUAGGUUUUUCAGCGUCUGCUCCCAAGUCCGCUUGGGAGGAGAUGUCAGCAGCAGCAGCAGCAGCGACUUUGCAGAGAGUUUUUUAAGUUAAAUCGGUUAGACUGAUCAGCAGCAGAAGGUUCGGCCAAAUGGCUCGUUUACCUGUGAGACGAUGAGAAGAAAACAGUUUUGCUUUUUUCCGGACCUGUGUCGUUUACCUUUGUUUUACCGGAACCCAUGUGUUUAUGGGUGUUAAAGUCGGAACCAUAUAUAUAUAUGUAUUCGUUAAUUGGUGUUGAUAACUUGAUAUCCAGCUGUCU